AUGUCGAAUUUACCUAAAGGUAGCUCGGUGCUGUGUCACUUGUACGUUCGCAUCGAGGAUGUGGAGAAAUUACAAAGGCAUACCUCUUGGUUGGACAGUUUCAAAAUCCAAGGUCCAAAUGGCACCUAUGCAUGCUACGUGACUUGCCCGGCAAGCAUGAGUCUUUCUGAUGCAAAAGAUGGAUCAUAUGUCAGCCUUUUCAAGCUAGAAGCUGCGCGAGUAAUAGCAGCGCAGCUUGUCAUCGCAGUUGAUUAUAUAGAUACACAAGGGUUCGCUCAUGGUGAUCUUUAUUGUGGUAACGUUCGUACUGAAAUACCCUUUGGAUUUACUCGCUUGUCGGAUGAAGAAUUAUAUAACAUAUAUGGUGAGCCAGGGUCUGAGGCUGUCACUCAUUUGGAUGGCAAAGAGCUUUCAGCGUGUAUACCAUCACGCGCUGUUGUACCAGUCUGGUUUGGAGAUGCAAGUGAGGAACUUGCGCCUUCAGACGCCAAAAUUCUGCUUUCCGACUUUGGCGAGGCUUUCUUUCCUGCCAAGCAUGACAAGUUCGAGACUUGUACUCCUCUUGUGAACCGGGCACCAGAGGCUCGUUUCGAAAGCACAACGCCUCUCUCUUUUCCAUCGGAUAUCUGGUCGCUCGCCUGCUUGAUAUGGGACACCAUUACGCAACGUCCAGUGCUUGAAAGGCUUCUUGCAAGUGAGGACCAGGUGACCCGCGACCAUAAGGCGUGGCAAAAUAAGUUGAGCGAGGAUGAGAAGCCAAUAAAUCGAGAGUUGUAUCGAUCAUUGGCGAACCGGAACCGUUUCAAAGAUAGUCCAGCUGAGCGAGACGCUGUUCUGUCGUUGCUAUGGUCAAUGCUUUCCUUUAGGUCUGAAAAUCUCCCUUCUGCUAAGGAGGUUCUUGCGUCUGAAUUGAUGGUUCAGAAGCCUUGA